AUAAUUACAUAUAUGAUUGAUCAGUGUCCUAAAAAUGUCAUUUAGUGCCACUAUUCUCUUCUCCCCUCCGUCGGGGCAAAAUGAGGGAAAAUGUGGGUGUAAAAAUGAAGGUAGCCAAGGAGGAUCAGUCCACGCAGAAGGAGUUACUCCCAUCGGAGUUACUCCCAUCACAGUUACUGGUCAAGGAGUUGCAGUUCAGGGAUGUGACCAGCUACUGCACCUAAUUUAUCAACGGGUGGAGAAGGCAGUUGGGCUUGCUGAAGCUGCGUUAGGUGUAGCCAAGGCUAACAGCACCCUGCUAAGCAGCCUUCAGGAAGAAGUCAGCAGUCUAAGAAAGUUGUGUGAAAAACCAGAGCGAGAUCAAACGCCAAUUGCCAACGCAAGAUGCAAAACACCGGACGAUGAAGAGGAGGUUGAAGAAAUUGGUAGUGUGCAAGUGGUAAUAGAAGAGCUGAGGCAGUUGGGUGCAGCAUCUGCAUCUUUAGUUUCUGGGCUUCACCCACCAUCUUUGGACAAGGCUUCAAGGGAAGGAUCCUUACCUUCAGGGCCAACGCUUGCUGAAGCUACCCCCUUACUCAGUCCCAUGCAUGUACAGGCUAUUGAUGAUUUUCUAAACCCAGAAGUCUCUGCUCCGAGAAUUUUGGCUCCGAGCUUCGUCAAGCAGCUAACUGCUCCCCGGCCCAAUGGCGAUAUAAUGGAAGCAUUGAACGAAUCACCCACCCCAGUACAUAAAUCCACACACUCUCAUCUUUUGAUACAAAGGGAUAGCUCACUUAGUCCCAGCGGCUUAAUUAUGGCAGAGGCCACAAGUGGAGCAUUGGACAUGAGGCCAUCGACCUCGCCACCAUUAUCACAGUUCUACACUGGCUCAAACAGCCGCCAGAAAAGCAGCGGUCAAAAAUGUUCCCGACGGAAGCGUGAUCUGGUUUUAUCUAAACUGGUACACAACAUUCACAAUCACAUCUCCAACAAUAAACGCUUCAAUGGCUCAGAGAGCAUCAAAUCAUCCUGGAAUAUCUCUGUUUUAAAGUUCCUGGUGGAAAAGCUGAGACAGGAACUUGUGUCCAGCAUCCAUAAUUACACAGAUAAAGAAUUAAAAGGUGCCUGUGUCGCGUACUUCUUGACCAAGAGAAGAGAAUAUCGAAACUCAAUGAAUCCCUUCAAAAGUCUGAAAGAGAAAGAGGAGAAGAAACUGAGAAGUCGGCGAUACAGGCUUUUUGCAAACCGUUCCUGGGGUGUACAGCAGUUUUCAGUAGAGGAUCAGGCUCUAUGGGAAGGAGUGACCGAGGAGCUAAUGUCAGAUGAAGAGGACAGUCUAUCAGAACCUGGAGUCUGGGUGGCCCGACCACCGCGCUUUCGAGCAGCUGAGUUGUCCAGACUUUGUUACAGUAUAGACUCACACUCUAAACAUGGCAACAAGGCCAAUCGUGUCUAUGGUGCUCUUUCCGACCGGUUACCCUCCGCAGAGGUAAAGUUACUACCCCCGCACCUCUACAAUUCAGAUUGGGAAAGAGAAAACUAUGAUGAAGGGGAACCGGAGGAUGGAGAGACUGGAAGGAAAUCAUUCUGCCCUGAUCUCAAUUCUUACAUACAGAUUAAAGUGGAAAAAGAUGAAUGAAUGAAUGACUGUUUACCGAGUUUGAAGAAAAGAAAACAUUUAGGGAAAUGUUACUCACGUGUGGAAAAUGAAGCAUACAGUAAGACGGGUGGGAUUCCCAUUUUAUGAAAGAAGAAGAGGAAAUGAAUCUACAGCAUGGUGUGGCAUACCGAAACCGCUAUGAAAGCUGUACAUGUGUAAUUGCCAUGUGCUGACUGCACAGCUGUAAAAUUUUAAAUAAAUGACUAUUUUCAUAAUUAAUGUUAACUUCAGUAAAGAUCACCUUCCAAUAUAUAUAUUUUUGUAAGCAAAUUAGAUAUUUGUAGAGAAAUGAAAACCAAAUGUAUGCAAUUGGUAUGGUGCCUUGCCAAAUUCAAAGAAGAUGCCCCACUUUAAUAUACAUCGGUGUCCUGUAAUACUGAUGGGGCAGCUAUAUGUUGUGCUAUAUAAAUUGCAAAAAAAAUCUACAUGUAUGUCAAAUUAACUGGUGUUUUUAUCUGUUGCAACAAAGUGACCCUUGCUGUUACACAUGACAAUGGUAACGUUUUUUUUCUCCAUUAAAUGUAAGUGUGCUA